AUGACAUGGUCUCAUACUCGUAUAAAAAUACCAAGAAAUCGUGAAGCCGGAGAUAUACUUCUAUGGAAUGACUACUUUUCUGACAACCCCACCUACCCAGCUAACAUAUUUCGUAGGAGAUUCAGAAUGCGGCGAGAAUUGUUCAACCGAAUAUUGGCAGAUGUGGUGUCUAGAAAUCCUUACUUUGCUCAAAAAAGAGAUGCUUGUGGCAUUCUUGGAUUAUCCCCUCGUCAGAAAGUAACUGCAGCAAUCCGAAUGUUAGCUUAUGGAUGUGCAGCAGAUGCAAUAGAUGAGUAUUUACGCAUUGGAGAAACCACCGUUUUAGAAGCAACCCGUCGGUUUUGUAAGACGAUUGUGGUACUGUAUGGGAAAGAAUAUUUACGCUCACCAACUGCGGGUGAUGUUGAACUAAAACUUAUCAACGGGAAAACACCGCCGGUGAACUUUGAAAUAAACGGGAAUGCAUAUGAUAUGGGAUAUUAUCUCGGUGAUGGAAUUUAUCCACAGAUUGCUACUAUUGUGAUGGUCAUUAAACAACCAGAUACACCGGAAAAAUAUAAAUUUUCAACGAUGCAAGAGGGUGCACGGAAAGAUGUAGAGCGUGGAUUUGGAGUACUGCAACAACAAUUUGCCAUUGUAAAACAACCUGCACGAAUGUGGAACCCGGAUGUGCUUGCCUAUAUAAUGAAAACGGUUAUUAUUUUACAUAAUAUGAUAGUGGAGGAUGAGCGUCUUCCCGGCGAUUGGCCACAUGAAUAUGACUCACGUAACAGGUCGGCACCGGUGAAUAUAUCGAGGGUAGGUACUGAGGAACUUUCCAGAAUGAGAGCUGCACAUCGGCCUCAUGCUAUACACAAUAAAGAAACACAUUUUCGCUUGCGUCAAUAUUUAAUCGAACACAUAUGGUCAAAUUUUAGAGAUAAUUAUUAA